CAUCAUGGCCCGAAAGGGUUCCGCUUUUUUAGAUAUUUUGAAUUCUGCCAUCUUGGAUAUGAAGGAAACUGGGUUUAUUGAAAAACUUGAAGGACGCUGGUUCAAGAGCGGUGAUUGUUUUACCAGUGAAAGCUCGACCGUAACGGACACUGAAUCACUGGUGAUGACCGCCGAGCAGAUGUCUGGAAUCUUCAUCACCGGAUUGGGAAUGUUCGGGCUCGGUGUCCUCCUGGUGUUUGGCGAAUUCAUCUUCGCUGCCUUUACUGACAUCGAGAAAUACAGGUCAGAGGAGAAUGGUCCUAAAACCGUCUGCGGGGCGCUAACAGUAAGGUUGGCUCACGUUUGGGAUGCAAUUAUUGUCCAUAUUAGGACGAGGUUUUUCUGCCAGCACGUGGAAUCAGAAGAUGGGGACGAGGAUGAAGUCGAGGAAGUAAUGGCGGCUGGCAAGAGGAUGAAAUCGAAGGAUAUGUACAGAACGUUUUGAUGGAAGAAGUACUAUUGGACUUGUUGGCCGGUGUAAGAGGGAUUUUUAGUCCCCAUGAGAAAA